AUGAGACUGCUUUUAUUUUUAGCAGUCGUAUUACAAACUGCUGUUUGUCAGGUGAGGUUUUGAAAUUAUUCCCAAAAGAUGAGAAUUUGUUUCAGUAUUACAUUCAACAGCAACAAAUCCGACCAAUCACUCAACAACAAGCUCAACAAUUUUAUCCAAUUCGAACAAAUUGUGUGAACCGAUGCAAUAAUCAAAACAGAGUUCGAUGGAAUUCAAGACCAACCAGUAAGCCAAUCACGGUUUGAUUAGAACUGUAAUAUUACUUCAGACAUUAUCCGACCUGCUCCAAAUGUUCAAGUGCAAAUCCGAACCAUCCCAUCUGUGGGGCAACCAAUCAGACAAGUGGUGAAAAUUUUGCCAACACCUUCACCAUCUACAACAACUCUUCCACCAAUCACAUAUCCAAAUACUUUGCCAGUCGCAACAAAUCCACCAGUAACCACAACAACACAGAAUGUGGUUACUUCGACUCAAGGAUCAUCAACAACCCCAGAAGCUUCCUCAGCUGUGGUAAGAAUUCAAUUUUUGAGAUAUAGAGAUCAUAAGAAAAAAACAUUUCCAGCCAAUCACCACUACUACUCUUGAAACCCCGGGACCAGAAUCUACACCAUCAAUGUCACCAUCAUAUACGGAUCCAACAGCGGCGCCGGAAACUACAGUAUCCCCAAGCACCAAGCAUCUUCGACCUGAACGUAAACAAACAACCAGACCGAGUAAGUUCACGAUUUUAUCUGUUUAUUUUGAAAUAAUUUAUAGGAUACUUCAACGCAUGCGCCGUCGGUCAACCACUUCUCAAUGAAUUUUCAACACCAAUUUCAUGCAACUACUUGAACCAACCAAACGGUGGUUGCCCUGAAGAUUAUUUCUGUCAUACUGGAGCAUCUUUCUCAACAACAGCUUGUUGUCCAUUAGUUUCUUCUGAAGAUAAAUGUAAUCAACGUAGAGAUACUGGAGAAGGUGAUGAAUUAGUCGCAAGAUGGUAUUUCGAUAAUCAAGCCAAGGAAUGUAAACGAUUCCUUUACAAGGGUAUUCGAGGAAAUGCAAACAAUUUUGUUACCAAAGCACAAUGUGUUGAUGCCUGCGAAGUUGGACUUGUUACCGAUAUUAUGGACCCCUGUAAAUUCAACAGCGCUGCUAAAUAUAACAAUGGAAGUAGAAUUAUCUGUGGACCAAAUGAUGAUUCAAUGUGUCCAAAUGGUUAUUACUGCCACAUUGGAGAAAAUCCAGAAGUCACUGCCUGCUGUGAAACUAGUGGUUGUAAGUUUUAUUAAAAACAACACCCCGGUAUUAGCUGCAUAAGUUAAUUUUAUAAAUUUUGAAAGCAUUUCGCAAUAGUCAAGGGUGUUGCUUUAACAGUUAUUGAACUUGAAAAAUUCAAUUACAUAGUUUAUUGCAGUAUCUGAUCCUUGUCUUUUGUCAAUCAACGUUGGAACUGGAAAAGCUUUAUUGAAAAGAUUCUACUAUAACACUUUCUCAAAGAAAUGUACAGAAUUCAUCUAUAAAGGAACAAAGGGAAAUGAGAACAAUUUCCUUACUCAUGAACAAUGUCAAGCAACAUGUCAAAGUAUGUUUUGUUCAAAGACUAAUUAUCCCAUUAAUAAUGAUUUUUGUAGAAUGGGAUAACCCUUGCCCAACCACAGUCAACUACGCUGAACGCAAGGAAUGUACUACCAAUGGUACUGAAUGUGCAUCUGGUCAAUGGUGUCAUUUGGGAGCCACUAAAGAAUCAUCAGUUUGUUGUCCCGGAGCUGCUCAAGAUCCAUGUGAACUUCAACUUUCAACCGGAGAAGGAUCAUCAAAUCUCACAAGAUGGUACGCAGAUCCAAACGACAAAUCUUGCAGUCGCCAAUGUAAAUCUUUCACAUAUAAUGGAAGCAAAGGAAAUCAAAAUAACUUUGUCACCAAACAACAAUGCGAGCAAAAAUGCAAACGUGUCUGCAAAAAUCCCUGUGGCUCUGGAACUAUGCUUAUGACACCAACUGACGAGCAAAGAACUUGUAGUCCAAGCUCACCGUGUCCAAGUACACAUUGGUGUCAUGUUGGAAUCACCGCCGAGACAACUGUUUGCUGUUCAGCAGGUUAGUUUUUGAUUUUCGAGAAUUGGAAAUUCUUGAUUUUUUCAGUUCAAAACACUUGCGAACUUCCAAUGAUCAAGGGAACUGGAAACUCACAUUUGACAAGAUGGCACUUCGACAAAAACUUGAAUAAAUGUCUCAAAUUCAUCUACAGCGGAGAAGGUGGAAACCAAAAUAUGUUCUUGACACAGGAAGAUUGUCUCUCGGUCUGUCCAGUAUUUGAAAACCCAUGUGGAACUGGAAAACCACUUUUGGUUGGAUCAAAGCCAAAACUUUGUUCACCAAAUGAACGAUGCCCAUCAACACAUUUCUGUCAUAUUGGAUUAGAAGGAACUGAAAAUUAUUGCUGUCAAAAGAGUUAGUCGAUUCCAGAUUUUUGUGACUUUGAAAAAAAAAACAUAUUUUUUGCAGACGGUGAUCCCUGCCAACAACCCUUGGCUACCGGUUCAGGAGGUUUCUCUAUCAGCAGAUUUUACUAUGACAAGGAUACCCGAAGAUGUCGCGAUUUCUCUUACGAAGGAUCUAAAGGAAAUGCCAACAACUUCUUGUCACUUGAAGAUUGUGAACUCGUCUGUCCAGUUCUUCCAAAUCCAUGUCAACAAGGUGAACCAUUGUUAAACCUCCAAAAGGAUCCAGUGAUUUGUGGUGGAGAAGAUACCUGUCCAAAUGGUUAUUAUUGUCACGUUGGUGGAAGUCCCGAAUUGACCAAUUGUUGUCCAGGAAGUUAGUUUUAUCUUUGAUCUUCUUAUUUUCAUUUAAAUCUCCAUACUUUUUCAGCAAGAAGACCAUGUGACUUACCACUUGAAUCUGGCCAAGGAACUGAUAAACUUGAAAGAUGGUUCUUUGAUGGAGGUCUUCAAAUGUGUCGUCCAUUUGUUUACAAAGGAAUGAAAGGAAAUUCGAACAACUUCUUAACAAAACAAUCAUGCAGAACUGCUUGCAAAGAAAUGAAUCCAUGCGGAUCAGGUGAUCCGUUGGUUGAUUCAACAGGAGAACGAAUCUUGUGUACUGGCGGACAAAGUGUAGACAGCUGUCCAUCAAACAGUUAUUGUCAUGUUGGAUCAAGCGCAUUGACCACUCUCUGUUGCCCAAAAUCAAGUAAGUAUGGUGCAAAAAAACAUGAUUACUAGAACAUAUUUUUAUAUGAAAAGAUCUUCAUUAUUUUCACGUGACAAGAAUCCAAAACAUUUCUAUAUUAUGAAAUUUUCACCUGUUUCAUUAAUAAAACCAAGACAAUUUAACUCAAACAGUUUUUUGUUGAGUCAGUCAUUUUUUGAUUCCUAAACCUUUAAUCCGUCGGUCAUUUCUUCCUUCCACCUACUCAAAACCUCGACGAGUAUGAAAACACAGCAAAAACAUCGUGAGAACAAAAGUAAACUUUUUACGAAACCCGGAAAAUGUGUCGGUCAAUUGAAAAACAAAUAUUUAAGAAAAUGUCAAGUGCCGCUUCGUUUCGUAAAAACAACACAUUUUUUUAGAGACUGAUGCUUGCGAUCAAUUAAUUGAGGAAGGAUCGGGAUCGGAAGAUUUGCCAAGAUGGUUCUUCGACAGAAAACAAAACCGAUGUGCACCAUUUAAUUAUGGUGGAGUUGGUGGAAAUGAAAAUAAUUUCAUCAGUCAAGCCACCUGUAAUAAUGCCUGUCCAGGUAACUCAAUAGUUUAAAACUUUGUUACAAAAAAUACUUUUUUUCAGAAUACCGAAAUUAUUGUCCACAUGGUAUCCCAUUGAUUGAAAAUACUACUGUUACCGCAUGUGGAAUUGAUAAAGGAUGUCCAGAAGGAUUCAUUUGCCACAUGUCUUCUGAAUUCAAUGUAUCAAUUUGUUGUCAAGACCCAAUGGACUUUUGUUUAUCAGCCCGUGAAACCGGACCCUGUGAUAGUUAUGAAAAACGAUAUGGUUAUGACGCCAACACGGACACUUGUGUUGAAUAUAAAUAUGGAGGUUGUGAAGGAACUUUGAACAAUUUCCAUUCACUUCAAAGAUGUACUGAAAUUUGUUGUAAAGAAUAUAAAAGAAGACAUCGCUCGUAA